AUGCCUCGCGUCGCUCAGAUGCCUCGCUCAGGCAGCGUCCGAUCCGUAUCUGGGUCGCUGAGCUCAAUUCCGCUCAACGACGACGCUGAGGAGCGCGGCAAACGCAUCAACUCUCGAAAGGCCCUCCACGACAAGCAAAUCAACCAGCUCAAGGCCGCUGCCUCGGGCUCUCGCAGAACUAGCCUUGGAAUCGACGACAUUGAAAAUGCCGCCCCAGGCUCUAACGCCGGAACGCCGCGUGCCUCGCGUGGCCUCGAUCUCUCUGACGACCCAAUUGUCAUCAACGGCGUCAACCUCACACCUGUCAAGCGCGUACCCAUUCUCGCCAACUUUGAGGAAUGGAUGAAGAUGGCUACGGACAACAAGAUCAACGCCACCAACUCCUGGAACUUUGCUCUGAUCGACUACUUCCACGACAUGUCCCUGCUUAAAGAGGGCGAUGGUGUCAAUUUUCAGAAAGCUAGUUGCACACUCGAUGGCUGUGUGAAAAUUUAUACAAACAGAGUCGACAGUGUCGCUACUGAGACAGGCAAGCUGCUCAGUGGCUUAGCCGACAGUAACAGCAAAAAGAAGGCCGAUAGUGAGGAAGGUAACGGAGGGGAGAGCGAGGAUGAAGUAGAUGAAGACGGUAAUGUUAAGAAGAAACCCAAGAAGAAGUCACAACGAUCCGAAGCCACACUAGCACCUUCGUUUGCCUCACUACAGCUCAAAAAGUUUGAGCUUGAAUUCUCUGUGGAUCCUCUCUUUAAAAAGGCCUCUGCCGACUUCGAUGAGGGCGGCGCCAAGGGCCUACUCCUCAACCACCUUAUGAUCGAUUCCCAGGGCCGCAUCGUCUUCGAUAGCAGUGAUGACACUGACGCCGUGGAUACUGGUGCCGACAAGAAAGAGGAAGAGGAAGCCGACAUGGAUCUCGACGAAGACGAAAACUUAGAGAGUGACAUCUCGCAGCUACAAAGCGAUGUCGAAGCACUUCACAUCGAGGAGGGCGAGCACGAGGACGACCCACAUGACGUUGAGAUUGACCUGACUGGUCUGCGGCAGCGCUACUUCCCUGACUUGAGCCGACUGGAAGAUUUCGACGUCUGCCCCUCGCUCAAGAACUUUGAGUUAGGAGACCCCUCCGGAUCCAUGGACAUUCCCUUCCUCAAGGCUCCCGAGGAUUGGUGCGGCGACGAAGACGGCCGUCUACCCGGCGCAUUUGGCGAUAACUCUGGCAUGCUUAUCGACGGCGAUGCGCCGAUGGGCUUUGAUGACGACGAUCUCGGCCUGGGCAGCUUUGACAUUGGUGACGAUGUUGCUUUUGGCGAGGGCGGUGAAGCGUGGGCGAGAGAAGCAGCUCUGGAGCCGCAAAUGAGGGUAUACGAUAACCCGGUGGCCGGUGACGAUGAUGCCGAUGAGGAUGAAUACGAUGAAAAUGGUGACUACAUCAUUUCCGUGUCCAAUCCUCAAAAUGCCGAUAAAAUGCACCAAGAUAUUCUCAGCUUCUUCGACCAGGCUCUGCAAAAGAACUGGACGAACGCCGAGCACUGGCGCAUCCGCAAAAUCAAGGAUACCAGCAAGCCAGCAAGCGAUACGCCCAAGAAGCGCAAGGAAAAGGAGCCAUUCGAAGUUGACUUUGGCUCCGCGCUCGGCUCAAGUCUAACUGAUGCCCUCUAUACACAAGCCGCGAGCAACGCAACCAUCAGCCUAGCCAAGAAAGACUGGAAAUCUAAGUCGCGCAACCUGCUACCCGACGAUAAGCACUUUAAUUCGAAGUCGCUACUAAGCUUGUUCCUCAAGCCCAAGGCGCGCCUGAUCCAGCGCAGCACCGGUAACCCGCGCCGGGUAUUUGGCGGCGUCGGCGUCAACACUGACAUGGACAACCAGCCCCUGGGCGAGUUGGACGAGGCGUUUUGGGCAGAGCAAAAGGCGCCCGAGGAGACGGCCCUGCCCGGCGGCGACUACGAUGCCAACUUCUUCCAAGACGAUGCCCUGCCAUUCGCGGGCGGCGGCGCCGAUGAUGAUGACGACGAUGACAUGGAGUUUGCCGAUGCCCAGGAGCACCUUGGCGGUGCGGGCGCCGACAUGGGCCUGACGGAGAACGUGGGCGGCAUGACGGCCAUGUUUGGCGGCGACACAAUGGCGAACCCGAUGGGCGCUUUUGGCGAUACCCUCGUCGCCGCGACGAGGCGCGUGCGUCCAGAGUACGUGCAGUACGCCCGCGUGGCCAAAAAGGUCGACAUCCGCCGCCUCAAGGACGAGAUUUGGAAAGGCAUGGGCCUCGAAGCGCUACAAACACCGCCCGCAAUGCCCGCUGACGAGCCCGCGGGCCGCCGCUCCCUGUCCGAGCAGCCGCGGCCGCCGCAGCAGCCGCUCGAGGACCCGACGACGAACCCGACGCUCAAGUUCACAAAGGUCAUGAACGACCUGCAGCGCGUGUACCCCAAGCCCGCGAUGAACGACAUCUCCACGUCGUACUGCUUCAUCUCCCUGCUGCACCUCGCCAACGAGCGCGGUCUCGUCAUCAGCACCACCGAGGACCUCAGGGAGCUCGAGAUUCGUAAGGACUGGACCGCGGAGGUCAUCGAGGGCGAGGCGUGA